ACAACCAAACUCAAAACAAGAAUGUGAACCCUCACAUGCUUGUGCACAUGCGACCUACAUUUGUGUCUUAUGCUUGUGUACUACAUUUGGGCCUAAUUAUUGUGCACGUGAGCCCUACAUUUGUGUCAUAUACUUGUGCACAUAUGUCCAACAUUUGUGUCCUAGACUUGUGCACAUAAACUAGAGCAUAUUAUGUCUCCCUUUAAAAUAAAUGUAAAUAAAAGCUGCUAAUUUCGGUAUUCUCAAACAUUACAGGUAAAUACAUAAAAUCUAAUGGAUAUAAAGAGGAAAUUUGUGGUUUAUACGUGGGCACAUUUCGGUUGGCUAUUCUGAAUCAUCACAGCAUUGAGAGACAGAUACUGACAUAGACAUCUUGCACUGAUCGUAAAAUGAGUCAGAACUUGAGUGACGCAGCUGAGUCAUUGAAUGACUCUCUAGACGCCAGUAGGUGCAAGUAUUAUCACAAGUCAGACUUGAUGGUCCAGUGUUACUAUGACGAUGAGCACUUGCUUCGAGAAAUCUACGCCUUUAUAGAGCUGACCAAUUUAGAAUGGGUCAUCACAGUCAUUUACGCUCUGGUCUUCAUCACCGGGGUGGUAGGAAACUUUCUUGUAGGCUACGCCGUGUGGAGAAACAAGUACCUCAGGACUAUCACAAACUUCUUCCUGACUAACUUGGCUGUAGCGGAUUUUUUAACCAUCGUCUUUUGCUUGCCGCCUAGUUUCGCUCAGACCAUUCUGGAGACAUGGUUCCUUGGGAAUACUAUGUGCAAGAUGGUGUCCUACUUGCAGAAUGUUGCGGUCAUCGUAUCUGUGCUGACAUUGACCAGUAUUUCUAUAGAGCGGUGGUUCGCCAUUUGCCAGCCGCUGACCUUUCAACAAACCAAGUCCAGGGUCAUCGUAUGUGUUGUUAUCAUAUGGGCAGUCGCGCACAUAGCGUCCAUUCCUAAACUUAUCAUGAUGGAGGAAAUCCACGACAUUAUAGUGCCGCCCAAUCUGACUAUCUUCUUGACUUCAUGCGGCCCGAGGGAUGACCAGGUAGCUGCCAAGUACGAGAUCUUCCUAUCCAUCACUUUCUUUGCCAUCCCCAUCGCCAUCAUGGGCUACAAUUACACGGCAAUAGCCAUCUGCCUCUGGUCCAGUUCCACUAGCUCCAGACAGCUGACAGAAGGUGACCAACAAGCCAUAGUGUCCCAGCUGAUGGCCAGAAGAAGAACAGCCAAAAUGUUGGUCGUUGUAGUUCUUGUUUUCUUUCUUUGUUUCCUACCAAACUACGUCUGGAACAUCAUCAGGCAUACGUGUAAUUUAGAUAGCAUCAAUGAGUUUGUUCCGCCCAUAACGCUGAUCUCCAAACUUUUGUUAUACGCCAACAGCUGCACAAACCCAGUUAUCUAUAACUUUAUGUCUGGCAAGUUCCGGAAAGAGUUCCGUACAGCGUGUUCCUGUUGCUUCCGGUGUUGUUGUAACCGUCAGCGGCAGUCUCAAGGUCAAGUUCAUGAGAUGGAACCACUCUCAGCCAAAAGCAGUGAUGAGGACGGAGAUAGUCGACGGACAGUCCGAAGGCAGAGAAGCUGGACAAGAAAGAACACACUGACCACAACUGUGACAAUGUAGAAUGACUACUCACACUGUCACAGACAGUCAUGACGGCACUACUGACUCUCUUCCCCCCUAACGCCACCAACAGCCCAGUAGAUCGUCUGAGAUAGCCACUGUCCCUCUUUCAGGUUAGCACGUGGCGGCCACAGGAACGACAACUCUUUCACCAGUUGUAACGGCGACAACAAGACAGUGGUCAUCGAUUAUGUCUGACGGGGUGGUCAAGCCUGGACUCUAGCUAGAUCUAUGUGGUGCCUAGAGAGAUGGUCAUCGAUUAUGUCUGACGGAGAGGUCAAGCCUGGACACUAGCAAGAUCUAUGUGGCGCCUAGAAAGAUGCGCUCUACGUAGUAAUACCCAAUGGACACACCUAGAUGGACACAUAAAAAGGUCAGGCUAAAACACGAAAGAACAAGACACCCAAAACGAAGAAGAAAAAAAGUGCCGGAGACUUCAAGGAUUUCAAUCUAUGAGAAUAUAGACUCGUCUCUAUCAAGAGUUGAGCAUUUUAGUUGUGUACGGAAGUGAUAUGAAUUGUACGUCUACUGAUUUAGUUACUUAGGAUGUGUUUACUUUUACGAUAAUGCAAACUAAUAGCCAAGUCAAUCUUUCACGUAUUAUCGAAUGAUAAAAAAAAAAAAGUUUCCCCUUUCAGACCUUGCGAUCUAUGGGUCAGAUGAUGUUAAGGUCAUCUGUUUCUUUGGCCAAUGGUUAAGCAGGGUGUUAUGUGGCCAGCACAACGACCAACCGCCUUUACUUUCCCCAGCUAAAGUCAGGUACCCAUUAGAGCUGGGUGGACUCAGGGGCGCCCUAAAAAUCUCGAAAUUCAAAAUCCCAGUCUUCACCGGGAUUCGAACCCAGGACCUCAGGUUCGGAAGCCAAACGCUUAACCAUUCAACCACCGCGCCCCAUUAUCGAGUGAUACAGUAGAUCAAUCUAGUGUAGCGGAGCCUCGUUGUAAGUUGUAAUAUUUAUUAAAUUCACUAAAUAUAAGAUUUAUAACGGCUAGUAUUACUUUGAAUUCAUUUAGUGGACUGACAGCGUGAUGGUAAAUGUCAUUUGUUUAGAUAAAUGUAAUUAUUUUCUAUUCGAGAUUCACCUAUUAGAAUGUAGGUUAAAGCUUUACUUUACUCAUGGCUAGUAUCAAAUGAUAUUGACUUUUCAUACGAAUUUAAGGCUGAACAUAAGGAUUCUGUUCUAAAGAAGUAGCUCUGUUUGACAGUAAGAAGUAUUGGUAACCCAGGCUGAGGGUCGAAGGGCCAUAUUCGCUUAUACAUUAACAAAAUCAAAAGGUAGCAGUUUAACAUUUCGUCAAGAACAACCUAAACAUUCGGUAACAAUUUUUAAAAUAGUAAGAUGUUCAUUUACGUAACGACUAUCACAUUCCGAGACUCCGAGUAGCCAAUGAGAUGUUCAGUUGGUGCAUUGUGGUGUGAACAAAUGCACGUGUUAAAUGUCUUUGACUUCCCUCCUUAUCAAGUGCCGAUAACUGAAAUAAUUGUUUUAGCCGUAAGUGAAUAUCAGAUUAACUCCCAUGCUUGUUUCGUAUCAUCGUGAUGGCCUGUGUCGCUGUUUGUUAAUGGCGAAGGCAAUGAUACAAUUGAUGUUUACUAAAUAACAUUCAUGUUUAUACAUUGAAGCCUAUACACUGUUCCAUACUUAGAAUUGUCACGCUUUAGAAUUUGAAAGACACAUGCUACUGUGUUGCUCUAUUUAAAAAAGGAAGAUUUGUAUUCAAAUGUAUCUUUAAGUGUAUUAGAACAGGUUUUAAAAAAAAAAACUAGACUGUGAUAUCUUUUGUUGUUCUAAAUGUUUGGUUCUUUCCAAAGUUCAGUUCUAGUUUUGAACAAUGACAACUUGUAUCUUUCAAUUCAAACAUGUAAAGUAGACCUUUGCUAAAUGGAGAUUCAUCUCUCUCUAGAGGCGCUUCAGUUCUUAGUGGAAUCAGUUCUACACUGUUUAUUAGAUGAAUGAAUUCAUCUCUCUCUCUAGAGGCGCUUCAGUUCUUAGUGGAAUCAGUUCUACACUGUUUAUUAGAUGAAUGAAUUCAUCUCUCUCUCUAGAGGCGCUUCAGUUCUUAGUGGAAUCAGUUCUACACUGUUUAUUAGAUGAAUGAAUUCAUCUCUCUCUCUAGAGGCGCUUCAGUUCUUAGUGGAAUCAGUUCUACACUGUUUAUUAGAUGAAUGAAUUCAUCUCUCUCUCUAGAGGCGCUUCAGUUCUUAGUGGAAUCAGUUCUACACUGUUUAUUAGAUGAAUGAAUUCAUCUCUCUCUAGAGGCGCUUCAGUUCUUAGUGGAAUCAUUUCUACACUGUUUAUUAGAUGAAUGAAUUCACUAAAGAAUGAAACUAUAUAUUUUGGAAAAAAAAUAGUGACGAUUUCUCUUUAAAAAAUUUAAAGUAACAAAGUUAAUUGGCUGUCUGCCUGCUCGUGUAGUAUGCGAUUCUGACUGUGGUCACUAUUGUUCCUAGUUCGAAUUUAGUCCACAUCCAUUCCCUGCCGCCGUGUAGGAGGUUUGAACUAGGACGUACACAUUUCAUCUUCAAGUUUACACGAACGUCUGAAACAACAACAAAAAAAAAGAUGACUGUUUCGAUACCAGUGACUAACCAGUGACUAACGUUGCAAAUUCCUUGCUGGUAUUAAUAUAAUAGAUUCCACAACAGAACGUCAGUUUGUCAUUAUUUAGAUCCUCUUUCAACAAGCUACGCCAUAGACUAGAACUGAAAGUUGAUCUGAGACUAAACACUCAAUGAAAGAGAUUCAAAGUUUUUUUCUUUUUUUUUGGGGGGGGGGGGGGGAUUCCCUUAUUUAAAGUUUGCAUCUAGUCAGUCCAUCUCGUUUCAUAGUCCAAAGCCAUCAAUCUAUUUUGAGACUAGGCUUCAUUUUCAAUAUUGUUGUGCUAUUUUUUUUAUUUUUUUUUUACUAAAUCUAUUAACUUUGAGAUUCAUAUUUUAUGUCAAAGCAGAAUAACAAUAAUUGAUACAAGUUUUAAUUGAGCUAAAUGUUGUGUGUUUCACAGAAACCUGUCAUCUCAUUCAUACUUUGUAACUUUUGAUUGAAAUCAAUGUGCAGCCUUAUUGAUUUGUUGUACAGAUUGAUAUAAUUUUUAUGUCAUUGUUUCACCAUGAAAACAUUCACAGUCUCAUCGGAAAAUAUAAUGAAUGUUGUUUUGAACUAUAUAUUUGGACAAUUUGUAUUUAUGUGUGUAUGUAUAUAAAGUUUCUGUUUCUGUUAUUUUCUGCUGAAAAAUGAAAAGGCGUAUAUAAUAAAUCCAACACUAUUCUAGGAAGGAGUCUAGCACUUCUACAAAGAAAAAAAAUCAAAAAGUAAAUUUAAAACAAAAUUUCUACUCACUGGACCCAAUGUUUCUUACAAUUCACAUGUGUUCUGUUCCCCAUAUAAGUUCCCAGUUCUUGCCGUUUUAAGAACCUCAUUUGGCGUAAAGUCCGUCUACUUCUUGAGAUCUUCCAAUAGUUUCAUUCGACUGAUUCCCUUGUUCCCUGCGGGGAUGUCUUUAAAAGCUAUGUGGAUCUUGUGACAUGCACCACAAGAGUUGUUUUUUUAACAAUGAUUUGACGUGCUUCAUGGGGUUCUAUUGGUUAAACAAUCUUAUAGCAAAUUUCACCAUUCGUGAGGGUAAGUAGACGUUUCAAAAUAGAUUCCUAGUACCUUCCUAAAGCAGCUCACACCAAUGGCUGAGACUCUGCUUUUCAAACUUGCUGUUAAUUCUCCAAGACUCACAGUCAUUAAAGAAUGUGCACAAAACCAUAGACCAUAUUAAGUCCGCAACAUCUUUCCCUGCUCCUGACUAAUCUCAUCAAAUUCGCAACAUAUUGUCAUGUAACUGACACAUCACGUCAAGCCCACAACAUCUUGUCCUGUUCCUGAAACAUCUAAUGCAUUAAGAUUAGUCAAACACUACUGAAAAUUGAAUGAACUCAUUAUGGUCUAAUUAGCAUCUGGAAACAUUUUGUAGAAACUACUAGAAACAUUGUGAGGUGUUUGGCAUAAAUGUUGACUCUGUUGUAGAGACUGUAUUGUUCUGUUGUAGAGUGUGUAUUUGUUCUGUUGUAGAGUGUGUAUUGUUCUGUUAUAGAGUGUGCAUUGUUCUGUUGUAGAGUGUGUAUUUAUUCUGUUGUAGAGUGUGUAUUGUUCUGUUGUA